AUGAGGUGUCCCCCAGGACUGUACCCUGUUUUCAAGCUCCUGAUCCUACACACCCGCUAUACCAUGGAGAGCAUCACCUGGGCAUGGGGCCAACUCAUCUCGGAUGGAGGUAUAUUUGAUAAGGCAGUGGGCACAGGUGGUAGGGGCCAUGUGCAGUUGCUUCGGCGGGCUACGCCUCAGCUGACCUACCGCUCUCUCUCUCCUCCUGACCAUCUGGCUGACUGAGGCCUGCUGUGAAUUCCAAGUGCCCUCUUUACCCACAAUGCUUUAUGGCUCUGGGAGAUCACUGCCCGGUAUGUGGAGGGGACUAUCCACCUCUUCUACCAUGGGGAUGAUGACGUCAGAGGGGACCCUGAGCUGCAGGCCUGGUGUCAGGGUAUCACUGAGGUGGGGUCGUGCCAGGCCCAGGACCAAGGUUUCCCUGUCUCCCUCCAGUCCCAAAAUCAACUGUGCCAUUUCACUACCAUGUGUGUUUUCAUGUGCACUGCUCAGCAUGGGGCCAUCAGCCAGGGCCAGCUGGAGUGGUAUGCCUGGAUUCCUAAUGCCCCAUGCACAAUGCAAAUGUCCCCACCCACCACCACAGAAGAUGUGACAAUGGCCACAGUGAUGGGCUCACAACCUGAUGUCCAAAAGACCUGUUUUCAAAUGACCAUCACAUGGCAUCUGGGUUGCCGCCAGCCAGACAUGGUGCUUCUGGGGCACCACAAAGGAAAAUAUUUCUCAGAUCCCACAGCCGAGGCUGUACUAAAGCAAUUCCAAACAAACUUGGAAAACCUGGAAAGGGAAAUUACAGCGCGGAAUGAGCAACUUGACCUAAGCUACGAAUAUUUAAAGCCCCGCCACAUAUGA